UUCAUCUUACUCACGUUCAUGUUAAAAAUCACUAGAAAAAUAACCACUUGGUGAGUUUUCUAUUAGCAUAAAGAUAGUAUAUAAAGAGAGGCCACAUUCAUCUCUUUCAUUGAUCUAUCAAACAAAACAAAAGAUUAAUCAUGGAUGUCUUAAGCAACAAAAGUUUAAUGUUUGUUUUGUUUUUAUUUGUAUUUGUAUCAUCAUGUGUUAUGUGUAUCAAUGUUGAUACUCAAACAUGCACCAACCGAAAGAGCAGUUGUUUUCUCAAGAAAAUGCCUUGUCCGGCUCAGUGUCCUUCAAAAUCACCGGUUAACCCAAGAGACAAAGUUUGCUAUCUUGAUUGUGAUUCUCCUUUGUGCAAAACUCAGUGCAAAAGUCGUAAACCAAAUUGUAAUGGUCGCGGAUCUGCAUGCUUGGAUCCUCGGUUCGUUGGUGCGGAUGGCAUUGUUUUCUAUUUCCAUGGAAGGAGAAAUGAGCAUUUCAGCUUGGUAUCUGAUGUCAACCUUCAAAUCAACGCUCGUUUUAUCGGCCUCAGGCCAACAGGGAGACCAAGGGAUUAUACUUGGAUUCAAGCAUUGGGAGUCCUCUUUGAUUCACACAACUUUUCUGUUGAGGCCACGCCAUCUUCAAUUUGGGAUGACGACGUUGACCAUUUGAAGCUCUCUUUUGACGGAAAGGAACUCGUAAUUCCAGAAGGUCACCUGUCUACAUGGCAAUCCGAGGAAAAUCAACUAAGAGUCGAGAGAACAUCGAAUGAGAACGGUGUCAUGAUUACCAUCCCAGAAGUUGCUGAAAUAUCUGUCAAUGUGGUGCCUGUGACCAAGGAAGACAGUAGAAUCCAUAACUAUCAGAUUCCUAAUGAUGAUUGCUUUGCUCAUUUGGAGGUGCAGUUCAAAUUCUAUGGUUUAUCGUCCAAAGUUGAAGGAAUUCUUGGUAGGACUUAUCAGCCAGAUUUUCAAAAUCCGGCAAAGCCAGGUGUGGCAAUGCCGGUAGUUGGCGGGGAAGACAAGUAUAGAACCACGUCGCUUGUUUCUGCCGACUGUAACGCUUGUAUAUUCUCUUCUGCCAAAGAUUCAAUGCAGGAAGGCAUGGAGAUAGAAUUUGGUAUGAUGGAUUGCACUAGUGGUGCCAGCAGUGGUAACGGUAUAGUUUGCAGAAGAUAAAUUUGACAGUUUCUAUUGUUCGCCUUUUUUUAAUGAUUGAAUGUUGUAACUAAGAAAAAAUAUUUCUGUAAUGUACUCACUACUCAGUGGCUAAAAAAUUAUUGUUUUGUAACCAUAUUUCCUUUUGAAUAAGUGUAUUAAUUUGUUUGCUUAUAAAUGAUUGAAUAUUGUG